AUGGCGUUCCGUGCACCGAGCCUGGCCCGCAAUUUAUGCCGCCAGACGACCUCUCGUUCACUUAUCACCCCUACCCGGUCCAUCUCUACAAACCCAACCCAACGGGACGCCUGCAAGUGCUGCCGACUUCCCACCCGAGCUCCGGCCCGGACACUCGCCUCACUAUCCCGGGAUAUCUGCUCGGUUUCACCAGUCUCAGGCCGACGUUAUGCGUCUACAAAGUCAUCCGCAGAGCUUACAGGAGAAUCCGGAAUAGUGGGAGUUCCAGAUAUCACCAACUACUACACCAUCUUCCCCCAGACUAUUCCCGCGGGCCCUCCCCCAGCAUCGCCCUUCUCCAUCUCCGUUUCGGAUCUCCGUCGCGAGUUUCUACAGCUACAAAACAAGAUACACCCCGACAAAUACCCCUCUGGCGAUAUGAAACAGCACGCUGAGGCGUUGUCGGCCCGCAUCAACGAGGCAUACCGCACGCUCGCCGAUCCACUCCAACGGGCUCAAUACCUCCUCCGAGAAUGGCACGGCAUCAACGUGACCGCCGAAGAUGCCGCGACGAAGCACGCCCUCGAUCCCGAGACACUUAUGGAGGUGAUGGAGGUACAAGAGACCAUUGAGGAGGUGGGCGCGACGCGGGAAGGCGAAGCAGAGAUUAACGCGCUGAAAGUUGAGAACGACGGACGUAUUGGAGUGUGUGUCGGGGCACUCGCCGGGUCGUUUGACAAGGGCGACAUCGAGGCGGCGCGGAAGGAAUGCAUCCGGUUGCGCUUCUGGUAUAGCGUUGGCGAGGGAUUGCGUGAGUGGGAGCCCGGCAACACGGAGAUUCGACUGGUGCACGGUAGUUGA